AUGACAUUUGAAAAUUUUAAAUCAAAGUUCCGAAACUUUCAGCAAAAAAUUCAUCCAUAUGUUCCUCAUUUGAGAGAAAUCGAUGAGCAAUACUUCAUUGAUAAAUUUUCGUCUAAAGAAAAAACAAAUAAUAGAGAGCAAUUUACAGUUAAUCAAGAAAAAAAUGAGUUAGUUUAUGAAGUGCGCGAUGAAGCUAAUCGAAAGUGGUGGUCACUUUUUGAUGAAUACGAAUAUAAAGAGCAUCGAGAUAAGGAACGAAAAGUCAAUCACAAGUGGUAUCAUUGGUUUGAUGAAAAUGAUUCACCUGAAGAGCGUCGUCUCAUUAUCAAACUUGAUAUAUUGCUUUGCUUUUUUUCAUUUGUCAUGUAUUGGGUCAAAUACCUUGACCAGUCUAACCUCAACAAUGCCUAUGUAUCUGGCAUGAAAGAAGAUCUUGGCAUGAAAGGUAACGACCUGGUUAAUACUCAAGUUGUAUAUACUGUUGGUUCUGUUGUAUUUCAAAUUCCUAUGAUGUAUUUGAUCCACCGAUAUCCAUCAAAUAUUUUGCUACCCUCAAUGGAUAUUGCCUGGGGUCUGUUUACAUUGGCUAUUUAUCGCUCUACAUCUGUUGGUAUGCUACAAGCCCUUCGAUUUUUUGUUGGUGUUUUUGAGUCUGCUUUUUAUCCCACAAUUCAUUACCUCUAUGGUUCCUGGUAUAAGCCAGCAGAGUACACACGUCGUGGUGGUAUUUAUUACUUUGGUCAAAUGCUCGGUCUCCUAACUAGUGGUCUUAUUACUGCUUCAUGUUAUGAAAAUUUAACGGGUGUUCAUGGUUUAGAUGGUUGGCGCUGGAUGUAUAUUGUGGAUGCAAUUAUUACAUUGCCAGUAGCUGUUUUGGGUGUUUAUAUGCUUCCUGGUGUACCUAAACAAUGCUACUCACUUUUUCUUACAGAUGAAGACAUUUUUGUUGCUCGUGAACGUUUGCGCAAAGCUAACAUUGCUCUUGAGACUGAAGGGCCACAAUUUUUUAGCUGGACUCUAUGGAAAGACUUAUUGUGGAAUUGGAAGUACUAUGCUUAUGUUAUCCUUGGAAUUUGGGCUUGGAACAAUAGUAAUGGCAGUUCGGGUGCCUACCUUCUUUGGUUGAAAUCACUUAAAGAAUACUCAGUUCCGAUGAUUAAUAAGUACUCUACCAUUACGCCAGCGUUAGGUAUCAUUUGGAUUUAUUUAACAAGUGCCAUAGCCGAUCACGCGAGAUCUAGAUGGGGAGCAAUUAUAUUUUCACAAGUGUUUAACCUUGUCGGGAAUAUAAUGCUAGCUGUGUGGUACAUCCCUAAGGGUGCUACUUGGUUUGCCUUUUGUCUUCAAUACUUUGGUUGGGCUUCUUCAUCAGUCAUCUACUCGUGGGCUGCAGACGCCAUGAGACAUAAUCCUCAGCAACGUGCCAUCACUGUUGUUUCCAUCAACAUGAUUGGCCAAGCAACUACAGCAUUCACGUCUGUGCUUGUGUGGAAAACUGUUGAAGCCCCUCGAUACCUUAAAGGUUAUUCAUUUACUUGUACUGUGAUUGUGGUUAUGAUGAUUUGGACAACGCUGAUGCUUCCAUUUUAUAAAAAAGAUGAGCGCAAGCAUGCACAUGAACAAGGCAUUUUGUUGUAUAACUCGGCCAAAGGGGAGACUCCCCCAUCAGUUCCACAAACACUGAGCGAUGAAGAGGAUUACGUUCAAGAACACUUUGUCAUUGAGGAAGAAAAAAAGAUUUAG